AUGCACAGAGGCAUCAGACCAGGCAACUUGGCAAUAGUCUCCUGGAAUCCUCCACAAUGCCGGGUGAUCAAUUUUGGAAGUGCCCAAAUGGGUAUCAAUUCCAACGAUGUCAAUGUUGGGACAACACCAUACUGUGCACCAGAGAUGUGGAGGCUUUCGAGAAGUGGUAAGAACUCGGGCCUAGGAUACAACGAGAAGGUUGACAUGUUCGCUGUCGGAGUGAGUGCAUACCAGAUCUUCUGUAAGCAACCGCUAUGGUGGGGCCACGAAGCCGAUGAAUACGUCUUGGACGUAAUGAAAGCAGAUUUGAAGUCUCAGGGGGGCGCUCCACUCGACGUCCAAAACCUUAUCAGAAGCCUGCUUGCGGAUGAUGCUGAGCUACGGCCUUGUGCGAAAGAUGCGAGAAAGUCUCUUGAUAAUUGGCACGGGCCAGAAAAUCAAGGGUAG